AUGACAGCCCGCGAAGAAACCGUUCUGCCUCCCAUCGAUCCGUCCAUCACCGAUGAGAAUGAUUGGUGGGAGUUCGAGUUGACCGACGUGAAGGUCUUGCGACCCGGCAAGAUGCUCUACGCGAACCUCCUUGACGCCUCUGACGAUAACCCUGUACAAGUCAUUGGGUGCUUGGAGCUCAAGAAGGACCAAGAACAUCUCGGUGCGUACCCGAUUGCCCGUGACGCUUGUCGUAAAGCCCUCGAUCCAGACUCUCACUCGAAUCGCGUUAUCAUCGACGAUGUCACACACUAUGCAUAUGGACAGACGGAGGACCGCAGUGUCGAGAUCUGGGUUGCUGGCAAGGCUGGCUGGUAUCUGAUCUCGCCUGCCAAAGGCUACCUGAAUACCUUCAAUCGCAUGGUCCAGGCUGUUGAUAUGCUAUAUUUCCUGAUUGACAGGCACAAGCAAGGAAAGAAACAGAUCAAUCCCACAUUUAGGAACCUUUGUCAACAGUAUACUUUCCACACGCACGGUGAUUGCGAGACCGGUGAACAGUCGGCGGAUGCUUUUGCAGAACAUGCGCCUUUCUUGCUCCGUUGUAUGAUUGUAGAUGAGUAUGAAGGUGUGGACUGGAAACAGACCAAUGUCUUCGUUCACUUUCGCCGCAAAUUCCCCGAUGAAUACAAGAAGCUUGUUGAUAAGCAAUCACCACAGCCUGACGAUGAUGAAGAUGAGGAAAUGCCUACGGUUUCAACGCCUCGACAGGACGCAGCGACAAUUUCUCAAUCACAAACUGAUGCCAUCUGUCAUUUGAUCCAUGAAUUAAAAGACGAGGGACAUUUGGCAAAGCGUCGAUUGAAUCUUGAUCUUUUGACCGAGCGUCUGUCCGCUCGAUACGCCUUCAACAAGGACGAUGCGCGCAAGAUCAUCGACGCCAGAUCAAAAGCCGUUUUAGAGAAACUGGAUUACGAAGACCGAGAAGGCGAGACAAGAUUCAAGUGGUCUCGUUAUGUCAUUCAUCGUGAACUUUCAGAGGCAACCUCACAACACACAUCCCUACCACCCUCUCUCCUGAUACCCCUAUCACCAUUGGAUGAUUCUAGCGAUGAUGAAGAAAUGGGGCGGACACAAAAGUCUGUUCUUCGACCCAAGAAUGCUUCAGUCUCGAAUAAGGUCAUGGGAAAGCGAAAUCGCAGCAUACCCACGAACCAGCAAACUAAGAAGUCUGUAGACGAAGACAACGCAGACGACGAUGACGACACCCAUAUGGAGGACGUUGAAACACCCAGCAAAAGCCGCGGGCAUGAGCUGAUUCGCACGCCUCUGGCUUCUGAAACAUUCCGACCUCAACCCGACUUCCAACCUACCAAUCCGCGGACCGCUGCCGCCUCUUUAUUGAAGAGCGUACUGUCAGCUGGAACAACAAAUACGUCAGCAUCUACCACCCCCAGUAUAGGCCAAUGGGCCUCCGAGGUCAGCAUACUCAAUGCACCCGAGGAGUCUGAAACCUGGGCCUGUAGAAUGCCCGGAUGCACCACCAUUAUCGCCAGCAAGGGACCCGAGCGCAGGCAGGAGAUUGAGGACCACGCCGGAGAGCAUGACUGGGAAGUGCAGAUGCGCGUCGAGCUCGUUGAAUCUGAGCGACGUAUGCACUCGACCAUGCCCGUGAGCAACCUCAUGAAAUACCUAGUCGGCCAACAUCUCAAGCAAAAACGAGCAGCCUUUCCCGAGCUGUACCCCCCCCGAACAUAG